AAAUUAUCUCUAUCUGGUAUCUACAUAUUAAAAAAAAAUAAAAAAAAUUACUCAUUCACUCUCUCUGUCUUUCAAACAAACCCUAAGACCUCUCGCUGGCUCGAAUCUGGCUCUUGCAUAUUCGAUUCCUGGCUCGUUCUGUGAGUUUUAGGGUUUUAAUAGUGUGAAAUCAGGGCUAAAGUGUGAGAAUUCGAAAGAUCUGUAGAAAAUUUUGUUGUUUGUUGAAGGCGGAAGCAUGGCUUCCUCAAAUGAUGAGCUCGAGCAACAGCUCGUGGAGGCUGGAAAUAGGCUUCUACAAUCUCCUUCGUCAGUGGAUGAACUCCUUCCUCUUCUUGAUCAAGUUGAGAAUUGUCUGGCAAGGGUGGAACAGUCGCCUGCAGAAUCCAUGCAAAAGGCACUUUCUUCAUCGCAGAAAGCUUUGCUUGCUGAUCAACUUUUCAGGCAUUCAGACAUUGAUGUGAAAGUUUGUGUGGCUUCAUGCAUCAGUGAGAUAACAAGAAUAACUGCACCUGAUGCACCUUAUAAUGAUGAGCAGAUGAAGGAAGUAUUUCAGCUGAUUGUAUCAUCAUUUGAAAACUUAUCUGACAAAUCCAGUCGAUCAUAUGCUAAGAGAACAUCAAUUCUUGAAACUGUUGCCAAGGUCAGGUCGUGUGUUGUUAUGUUGGAUCUUGAAUGUGAUACUCUAAUUAUUGAGAUGUUCCGGCAUUUCCUCAAGACAAUAAGGGAUUAUCACCCUGAGAAUGUCUUUUCAUCCAUGGAGACAAUUAUGACUCUUGUUGUUGAAGAAAGUGAAGAUAUAUCUAUAGAGCUACUAUUGCCAAUCUUAGAGUGUUUAAGAAAGGAGAAUAAGGAAGUACUGCCUAUUGCUCGGAAGUUGGGGGAGAGAGUGCUUGAAGCCUGUGCUGCAAAGCUUAGACCAUACCUAUUAGAAGCAGUUAAAUCCACUGGCAUUUCUUUAGAAGAUUACAGUACCGUCGUUGCUUCUAUCUAUCAAGAGUCUGCUGGUUCUGUUGACCAGAAUGAUGUUUCUAAUGAACUUAAGGUAGACGAGAAUGAAAGCAAGUCAUUAGGGGCAUCAGUGGAUGUGCCAGAUCAGGUGGGCAAAGAAAUUGCAAGAGAGGCAGCUUCUACUGAGGAAAUUGAACCUGCUAAUGACAGUUCAUCCAAGUCAGUUGUCAACAAUGGUGUAACACAGAGCAAAGAAGAUGACUCUUCAAAGAAGGAAGAGCAUGUUCUUCAUGAUGAACAGUUCAAAAGUGUUGAUACAUCAAGCAAUGCAGAACCUGAUAUUUCGGGCACUGAUAAAGUGGUUAAUGCUGAAUGUAAGUCUGAACAAACUACCAAGAGGAGAGGAAGGAAACCUAGUUCUUUGGUCAAAAUGACAGAACCUUCCAACACUUCUAAUAUUGAUUGCGAAAAGGAAGUUGAGACACUUAGGGAUCAUAAAAGCGGCAGCAAGGAUGUUCCUAGUUCACCUCCUGGUUUACCAUCUGUUGGGGAGGCUGUGUCUUUAGAAACUGAAAAAGAGACUAUUAUUAAGAUUUCAUCCCCUAAGCCUGCAGAGAGUGAAUCCAUAGAUGCUGUUUCCCCUUCUGCAAGUGGAGGCCUUCCUAAUGAAGGUCGUGCCCAAAGGAGCAGCCGAGCAAAGAGAAAAGAAAGUUUGAAAGAGGCUACACCGUCUGCUGAUGAUGUUUCUAGAAAGGCAUCUGAAGGAACAAGUGAUUCAGAAGCAAAACCACAUAAGCAGUUGGAGAAAAAGGUGCUUACUGUUUCUGGUAAUGAGGAUGAAAUUCCAACUGGAGAAGGUUCAAAGAAAGAGAGUGGCACCCUUAAUGAUUCAGAAGCAAAGCUGUUCAAGUCAGCUAAAAAGGUUCAUGUCAGCAGUAAUAAUGGAGACAGAUCUAUGUUAAAGAGGAAGGAAAAAGCUAUUUCUGGAAAAGAUUUAACAAAAUCAUUAACAAAAGAGGAUAAAGAAUUGGUUUCUUCACCAAAGUCAGCUGCAAAACCAAUUAAAGAUCAGCAUCACUCAGAGGAUACCCCUAAGACGAAUUCCAAGAGGAAGCAGACUCCGGGGAAAGAAAAGGGAACUGAUACUAAGGAAUUCGGUGAGAAUCUGGUUGGCUCAAGGGUCAAAAUCUGGUGGCCAAAAGAUCGAAUGUUUUAUAAAGGUGUUAUUAAGUCAUUUGAUUCUACUAAAAAGAAGCACAAGGUUCACUAUGAUGAUGGUGAUAAAGAGACUUUGAAUCUUAAAAGGGAGAAAUGGGAGUUAAUUGACAACGAUUCUGAUGAGGAUCAAGCAACUGACAGCCCAAGUCCUGAUGCUUCCUCUGAAAUGCCACUGAAGAAGAAAUUGAAAACAAGUUCUGAUCAGUCUACUAAGCAGGGGAAGACAGAUGCUUCACCAAAGAGGGUUGGAGGGGCUUCUUCUAGCAAAUCCAAAGGUGAAUCCUUGAAAUCUAGUCGUAAGUCCAAGGAGGAAAGUAAAGUUGAUGGCAAAUCCAGAGAUGGUUCUAAGAGUAUUACUAAAUUAGAAAAUGAGAAUGUUCUCAAAAGUAAGGAUCAUGCAUCAAAAAGUGGCAGUACAUCAGUUGAUGUUUCUUCAAAGUCAGCAAGCAAAUCCAAGAAUGAUGCCAUUGAAAUUGCUAAGUCUAGCAAAUCCAAGGAGGGUGGUUCUGGCACACCCAAAACUACUACCAAAUCCAAGCAAGACACCCCUAAGACUGGCAAGUCCAGGCAAGAAAGUCCUAAGAUAUCUUCCAUUGUAAAGGCUAAAUCCCCUAGAACUGUUGGAAAAUCUACUGCUAAUGGAAAAUCGAAAUCUAGUUCAUCAAAGUUGAAAGAAAUUGAGGAUGUGAAGGAUUCACCUGAUUCUGGUAAAGUGUCAGAAAGUACAAAGGGGAAAUCUUCAAGUCCUUCCAAAAUUCAAGGAAGUGAGACAAAGACUGGAAAGAAGCGACAAAGAGGAUCAAAAAGCUGACCAUCUACUUAAAAUGUAGUGAAGCUGUUUGUUCUUGUUCUCUUCAUAUCAUUUUGGAACCUGGAUCUCCUUAUUGCAGCUUUCAUCCAUGUCCCAAGUGCUGCACUCACAGUAAGCCAUUGCGUUUGGUUUUUGUUAUUCUCUGUGAGAUGAUAUCCUGGACAUGGCUAGCUAUUCAUGUGGCAUCCACAGUUAGUCUUAGCUUACAGUGGUUGUAGGUUUAAGUUAGUUUUAUGACUCUAAAUUGGAAUUUAUAAUGUUGCCUAAGCCACAGUAGUAUACAAUGGAUUAGCUUUUGUUAAAGAAAUUGCUUUAAUAGAUAGUGUGAUGGAGUCAGAUACUUGCUCUCCCCAUACCCUUUGACCUAAUUGCGGUGUCUUUUACAUUUUUAGUAGCUUCCAAAUCUUCCAAUCUGUAUUUGUUCCAGGCGAGGUGAUUGACUUUUGUUACGAUGAUAUAGAGAGUUAUACAUCCAAGUGCGGGCGCCCGCAUGUGGUACAUUGUUUGGGCUAAGCCGACUGGAGUAGUAUCCAGUUCACAAGCACAUGCCAGGACUCUCUAUUUGUUAUGUAACAAUGGUGUUAGAUGUAUUCGUCUUGGAAUUGUUUUCUUUCUGUUUUCUCACUGGAGUGACGGCUAUAAAUGGAGGGACAAAUGUUGUGUGAUCAUCUGUUAUUUUAUCAAAAUUAAUUAAUCAUAUAAAGACA